UUGCACACUGGCUAGUAAACAUUCCCUUGCCGAGUAGCUACUUACAUAUUUAAUUGUCAGGAUCUGCCGUAGAAACAUAAUGGCUGCAAGAUAUGACAGGGCAAUCACUGUGUUUUCUCCUGACGGUCAUCUUUUUCAGGUGGAAUAUGCCCAAGAGGCUGUGAAAAAAGGCUCCACUGCUGUGGGCAUCAGAGGCAAAGACAUUGUUGUCCUUGGAGUUGAGAAGAAGUCCGUCGCCAAACUACAAGAGGAAAGAACAGUCCGCAAAAUCUGCGCCUUAGACGACCAUGUUUGCAUGGCAUUCGCCGGUCUGACUGCAGAUGCCCGCAUUGUGAUCAACAGAGCGCGUGUGGAGUGCCAGAGUCAUCGGCUCACUGUGGAGGACCCAGUCACUGUAGAAUACAUAACACGACACAUCGCCACUCUUAAACAGCGGUACACUCAGAGCAAUGGACGCAGACCGUUUGGCAUCUCUGCGCUGAUAGUAGGUUUUGACUACGAUGGGACCCCAAGACUCUACCAGACUGACCCUUCAGGAACAUACCAUGCAUGGAAGGCAAAUGCAAUUGGCCGCAGUGCUAAGACAGUGAGGGAAUUCCUGGAGAAGAACUACACAGACGAAGCCAUUGCCACUGACAAUGAUGCGAUAAAGCUGUCAAUCAAAGCCUUGCUUGAGGUGGUUCAGUCUGGUGGGAAGAACAUUGAGCUUGCAGUGAUCAGAAGAAACCAGCCACUGAAGUUACUGGAGUCCAAAGAAAUUGAGACACUGGUGGCUGAAAUUGAAAAAGAGAAGGAAGAGGAGGCAGAGAAGAAAAAACAGAAGAAAUCUACUUGAUGUCGUUACUGAACCAGCGGUUUUCAUUUAGUACUAGGUAAAGGCUCCUGUAUUGGGUUUACAGGCCCAAAUAUGGUAUACCUGUCACAAACUAAGGUCUGAGUCUUCAUUUGAUCUGGCUUUGUAUGUUGAAUUUUCAGUUCUCUAGUUGGCAUUGUCAUCCAUGUUUUAUUUUGAGGUUUAGUUAAUGUAUGGAACUCAAAUUAGGAUUCAGACCUAUGUGAAAAUCUCUGUAAGAACAGUUUAUUUUUUUAUUUUUUUUUGUAUCUUGAGUGAAUGUUAAUGGAUCAACAUACUUAAUAAAAUCAAGUAGAUUGUGUGCCAUUUUA